AAAGAAGAACACGGUAUGGGCAAAGCAGAAUUAAAGAAAGACAUUGUUAGCUGGCAUUUUGCAUACAUAAAAGUAAUGGUGGGGUGGUUGCACAUACACACACGCCUGCCAUUUAGCUUCCCAGUCAACUGCUCUCUAAAAAUGUUUCCCUCUUCAUUCAUCCUUGUGUUUACCAUCUUCUUCUUCUUCUUCUUCUUCUUAAUCAAAUUAAACGCCGCAGAUGAAGAUCAUAUUGCAGUAGUAUUUAGAGAAAAUCAUUGCCACCCUCCAUCACCCUGCAAGAAAUUAGGAAAGUUGGAGAACAUUAAAUAUCCUUUCUGGAGGGUGGACGACAAUUCAUCAACCGUGUGUGGGUAUCCCGGUUUCGGCAUCGACUGCUCAAACCCACAUCCUGAGUUCCCCCUUCUUUACCUUUCUGAUGAUGCUUUUCUCGUCAAGGACAUCAACUAUGAUGAUUAUUCAGUUACUCUUGCGGACGCCGAUGCAUUCAAGAAAGAUUGUCCCAGGGCACGCCACAACUUUACUCUCACCCAAAAAUCUCCGUGGCUUUAUUACGGCCAUAAAGAUCUGAAUCUAAUUUUCUACUUCAACUGCACCCAAAAUCCUCUUCCUGGUGGAGAUGCCGCCUAUCCUCCUAUUCACUGUUUAAAGUCAGACCGAAAGGCGUCCUACUUGUAUGUGGGAGCUUUUAAUCCGUACAGUUGGGAUUGGUGGAGAAUUUGUGAGGCCAGAGUGGAGACGACGGUGAUGGAAACAGUAGGGGUAGUUGAAAAUGAUAUUAAAUGGUUAGUUAUGAACAUCGGCGGAGCUAUGAGUAAUGGGUUCAAUCUUAACUGGCAGCCGUUGGACGAUUGCAGCCACUGUAAUCCCCAAGGGUGGUGCGAGCAGGGCAAACAUAAUUUCGGCAACUUUUUGUGCUUUUGCAAGAACGAAACAGUCAUUAUCGUCCCUGAUUGCCCUUCUAAAGUUUCCUGUCUGUGCCUUCUGACAAAUAUUAAGGGAAAAUGGGUGACGCGUAGGAAUUUGUAGAGGCCCAAUCUAAGUUUUCACAUGUAGUUUAUGAACGGCCCAGUUACGAGUGUUUGGCAAAUUAUUGUAAUGG